AUGUCCAUUAUAUCUACUUCAGAAUUUUUAACUGAAGCAGCAGGUGUCAGGAUUUAUAAGACAAAAGACUGUACAUUGAUUGACUCAGCGUUUACUAGUAAAAUUUGUGUGACAUUAGAAAAUAUAAGACAAACUAAAGCACUUGGUAAAUCUUGUGGGUUCAACCUAACGAAAUCAAAGUGGGAUCCUUAUCCGUGGAUAAGUUACGUUGAAAUCGGUAGUCUCGCUGAUACUGCAGGUCUCAAAGCUGGUGAUUGUUUAAUUAACAUUGGUGAACAUGAUUUAAUAGGAUUAAAGAUAAAAAAAAUAGCAGCAUUGAUUCACCAUUAUCAGGAAUGUAAUUUAAAGUUGUUUAUUUGGAGAUGCAUUGAUGAGGAAGAAGAACGAAAAGAGACAGGGGUAGCUGUAAAAGGACCAUUGUCAGAAGUGGCUAGUAAGCUUGCAAAUGCACUUUCUGGAGUUGUACAAACUUUGGAAUGCCCAGUUUGUUUGGAAAGCUCAUUGCCUCCAGUCUCUCAAUGCAUACACGGUCACAUCAUUUGCGUCGGAUGUAGACCGAGGACACUUCGCUGUCCAAUUUGCAGAGUUAGAUUGGGUCGAGGUAGAUGUUUACUCGCGGACAAAUUACAUAAAAUAUUUCGUGACGUUUUCAACAUAAAGGAUAAUUUAUCCGAUAACGUAGAAUGUCAGACGAGAAAUCUUCGAGAUCGGCUCUUUGGCAAGAAUAAAAAGAAUGAAGUCAUGAGGGUAACAGGGAAAAAUAACGGUACAAAUCUGAAAACGCGUCAAUUGUUAUUAAAUAAAUUGUUUCGUGGGGGAUUGGGAAAAGCUGCCUCAGCAGACAAUUUAACAGUAGUUCCCAACGAACCAUCAAACGAAGAUGAUGCGUCAAUAAGUAAUUUAAAUUUUGAUGAGCGGUUAAAUUUGUACGACCGAACGAAAUCUGCAAGUACUGGAGAAUUAUCAAGAGAAACUAUUACGAAUGUUAUUAACGGUCAAAUUAAUGCAACAGGCACAGCAAUAUCAAGUACUAAUAGUUUAAUGUCUAACAUAUCACCUACAUCAGUUUGGGGAGACUCUAUGGAUUUUGUAUUCUCUAAUCAAAUAACAUGUCCUCUUUCAAAGCACAGUGGCUGUAAAGAAAACAUUACAUCUGAUGUAGUAUUGGAACAUUUGAGUGAAACUCAUAAAAUACCACAAGUACAUUUUUAUUCUCCUUAUGCAAAGCUUCCAAUGCCUCUUCCAUUUGGUUCAGAAGCUGUUUAUAUAUUACACUCUGGAGAGGAGUUAUUUUUCUUUCAGUGUGAAGAUGAAACUAUUUGGAUCAGUAGUACCAUAGGAGGGAAAAUUAUAUGGGAAUGGAGUUUGUAUGCUCAAGGGCAAAAUGGUACUGAAAUAAAAAUACGCAGAAGUGUUGCAAGCCUUGUAAAUCCUAUGGUGUUAUCAUCACAACACACUGCACCUUUACCUAAUGCUUUGUUAUUGCAUACAUUGGACAUUCAAUUAAUAAAAUGUCGUUUACAUGAACAGCUAGAAAUAUAA